CCAAAAUGAAACCGAGGUUUCAGAAGGUCUCGCAGACGUGACUGAAUCAAAAUGGCGGACACUUUUUAUGCCGUAAACUUAUUCUGAGAGAUUGUUCACCUCAAUGAGUCAACACAAAAAUGGACCGUGUUAGCAUGUUGCACCAGCCGUAACCAGGCUGCAAGAAAAUCCAUUGGCAUCUUUGUUCACAUUAACAUCAUCUCAAGAUGUCUCAGUCAGGAUCCCGGCGUAAGAAAUCCAAGAGCAUGACUACGUCAGUGUCGCAGAGUGAGAAUCUAACGGGUUCUACACUUAGUCUGGUGACAAGUGCAUCCUCUGACACCUUAUCCUUACCAUGGAUCAGAGUCAAUGAACCAGGCCUAGAGCGUGACCCAAGCACUACCUCUACCAUCAUGCUGGAUACUAACGUCAAACCGGGCCAGUAUGUACUGCAGAGUCUGUUUGCCGAGUUCACCAUUCAAGCUGAGAGGAAGAUUGAGAAGAUCAUGUCAGAGCCACUGGAGAGUCCCCUUGCUAAGUCAUUACAACGUGGGGAGGACCCACAGUUUGAUCAGCUUCUGAGUUCCCUGAGUGCAGUCUCGGAGCAUUGCCUGCCUUCUCUUCUCAAGACCCUGUUUGAUUGGUACGAGCUUCAGAAUGAAGACGAGGGAGCCAGAAGACAAAAGGGUUCAUCUGGCAAAUCCAAGGGGGAAAAAGACUAUGUCUCUGAAAGAAGGGAUUUGGCAGUGGACUUUCUCUACUGUCUGGUGCUGAUCGAGGUGUUGAAGCAACUCCCCCUGCAUCCCGUCCCAGAAAAACAACUCAAUCACAUCGAGACCCUUGCCUUCAAACACUUCAAACAUAGAGACAGCCUUCAAGCAGGCCCAAACACAGAGAAUUUCCACAUCAUUGCUGACCUGUAUGCAGAGGUUCUGGGGGUCCUGGCAAAGACGAGGUUUAUGUCUGUCCGUAAACGCUUCUUGAUCGAGCUGAAAGAACUGCGCUCGGAACCACAGAACGUUCAGACAACACAGGCCAUCAUCAGCCUGAUCAUGGGUAUGAAGUUCUACCGUGUCAAGAUGUUCCCGGUGGAGGACUUUGAGGCUUCCUUCCAGUUGCUUCACGAGUGCGCCAACUACUACUUAGAAGUCAAAGACAAAGACAUCAAGCAUGCCCUGGCAGGUCUGCUGGUGGAAAUACUGGUACCCGUGGCAUCGUGUGUCAUGAACGAGGUCAACAUUCCCGUCCUCAAGAACUUUGUGGAUAAGCUCUACCAGACCACGCUGGACCAAUGCAACAAGAAGAAGCACGCCCUGGCCGCCUUUCCUCUACUCACCUGUCUGCUCUGUGUCAGCCAGAAACAGUUCUUCCUCUCCAACUGGUGCAAUCUGCUGAAUUUGUGUCUGUCCCCACUCAACAAGCACCGUGAUCCUAAGAUGUCCCGUGUAGCCCUGGAGAGUCUCUACCGCCUCCUCUGGGUGUACAUCAUCCGUAUCAAAUGUGAGAGCAACACCACCACCCAUCUGCGUCUCCAGAGCAUCGUCAACUGCCUCUUCCCCAAGGGUUCCCGCAAUGUGGUCCCCCGGGACACUCCACUCAACAUCUUUGUCAAGAUCUUGCAGUUUAUUGCUCAGGAGAAGCUGGAGUUUGCCAUGAGGGAUGUCAUCUUUGAUCUGCUGGGGGUCAACAGUAAACAGAGGGUGUUGUGCCCAGAGCGAAUGAACAUUGGCCUGCGCGCCUUUCUGGUCAUCGCAGACGACCUCCAACAGAAAGACGGCGUGCCUCCGAUGCCCACCACGACCCGCAUCAUGCCCUCGGGUAACACCCUCCGCGUCCGCAAGACAUUCCUCAACAAGCAGCUCACGGAAGACGCAGCCAAGAGUAUCGGUGUUCUCCCGUACUAUCCCAGCAUCCGCAAGGCAGUGGAUGUCAUCAUAAGGUCCUUAGAUGCAGCGGUGGGACGGGCUCUGCUGAUGACCAAUGCGCAGUGCCUGAACAAAGAACUGGAUGAUCUCAUGACGAGUGAACGUCGUCCCAAGAUUGAGCUGUUCCGUACCUGUGUGGCAGCCAUCCCUAGGAUCAUCCCUGAUGGGAUGAGUAGGAAGGAUUUACUGGAGCUCCUUACCAGACUGACAGUUCACAGAGAUGAUGAACUCAGAGGGUUGGCUUUUACAUCGCUUCAGAACAUGGUCCUGGACCUCCCAGGAUGGCGCGAUGAACUGCUGAACUGCUUCAUCAAUUUUAUCCUUCGUGACAUCACAGACACGUUCCCGCUGAUCCUGGAGAGCGCCCUCAAGAUGCUACUGCAGCUGCUGUCGCAGUGGCGGACAGCCGUCCAGAGCAAAGAGGAAAAGGGUCCAGUCAAGUCCCCGUAUGAGCGUAACCCCCAUGCUAGCAUCCUGAACACCGCUGAGGGCUUUGCCUUGGUCUUCCUGUGCAGCUGUCGACCGCUGGUCCGUCGCCUCAGCUACUUCCUGCUCAAGGAAGUACGGGCGCUCUUUGGAACACUGGGAUACUCAAGGAUUGAUGAUGACGCAGUCAUUGAUGUUGUAGACAAGGCCUGCCCCGGCGUAGUGGAAGGAUUUCUCAACCAACUCCCUCCUGCCGAAAAGGCCACCAUCACAGCCUUGUCCAAUAUUGACCUCCACUGGGUAGUCGAACGCUCCAUCAACCAAUGGUCAGGCAGUACCUACGAGUCAACGCCCAGCGACUCUAUCGGCAAGUCGCUAUCCAGCCGGGGCAUGGGCGGCUUCAACCCCUGGAUCACCUGCCUGGCCAGGUUCUUUGACAGCAGCUGCUUGCCGCACUUCUGCCCAGCGGCAAUCAGUCAGGCCUGGCCGGUGGUACACGCUAGGCUAACCCAGCUCUACACUCACAUAGACCCCAACGCUCCAUCGGAGGGUCGUACCUCCAUCCGUUCCAAGAAGACCCUCAAUCCUAUGGAGGAGAACAUCUCACUCUGGAGGAACUACUUAGUCUUUGCCUGUAGCUGUGCCCCACCCAGCACGGGAUACCAAACGCCUAGACGCUGCAUGUCACCUGACCCAACCAGUGGGCCUUCAGGUGAAAUGGCCCACGUGGACCGAUCGGAGGUCAAAGGUUACAUCCUGUCCACGGGGGUCUCGGCUGGUAUCCUGUUCAAGAUGCUGGUUCCUUUAAUCAAGUGUGACAACACGGACACCAGGGAAGCUGUGGUGAAUGGCCUGGGAUGGACCUCUUCUGUGGCAUUAAAGGAUCUGCUUGAUGAACUUCAACCUUUCAUCAAAGAUGCAGUGGAACGGAAAACGGAGAACAUGCGAAGGAAGAGAAGACGAGAUUUCUUGCGGGUCCAUCUCAUCAGGGUAUUUGAGCUUCUGGCUGAACAUGGUGUAUUCAGAGAAAGUUUCAGUGGCAGUUUGAACAAGGAUGGCCAGACCUUACACAACGCCUCAGUCCUCGCUGAUUACAUCGAGAACAUGCGUCUGGUGCUGGAGAGCGAGGGCGACAAAGACUCACCAACGCUGCAUGAGAUCAGGCUGCACUACAGCGGUCUGGUGGCUAGGCUUAUCAAAAGUAUACCAGCUGAGAACCGUUUCAACGUUCUCCCGAGGGACGUACGCUACAGUGUCUUCUUCCUGUGUGGCUCCCUUUGUCGCAAACUGGGCGUGACGUACGGCGCGGUGGAUAGGAGUCCUACCUACAAGGACGAACCGAUCACUGACCUAGAAAUGGAAGCAUUGCAGGCUAUGUGUGGUCUGCUAGUCAGUGGAGAAGUCUUCGACUCCAAUGCAUUAUCUCAGGAGGGCUACUUGUACACAUGGCUGGAUAAUCUGCUCAACUAUAAUGAUGAACGGGUUGUCCAGCUAGGCAAGGAGACAGUGCUGCUAUUACUACAGAACAAUCCCCAGCAACCUAUGGUACUAAGAUGGGCCAUCUAUAGGUGCUACACAGGACCUGCGCAGGUGGCUAAUGGCUACUUCCAAGCCAUGGCAUCGGUGUUCAAUAACAAUAGAGAGGGCAACAGCAAUCACAGUCACUACCCAUGUGAGGUCAUCCCAACCCUGUGCGUGGUCCUCUUCAAGACAGCUGAUCCUUACAGCACGGUGCGCUCUACCGCCUUGCAACUCCUUCAGGUGUUGGACAAACGCUUCUUUGGCUCUGGCGGGGUCAAGAGCAAGCUACAGCCGACCUACGGCAAGUCUCACAAGACGCUGUCCCAUGACCUGGCACGGCUGCAUCCUGAACUCACCUUGGCUGUCUUUUCUGAAAUCACGGAGCGUUUUGAAUCUGCACCCCUCACCCAUCGCAAUGUCAUGCUGGAGAUCCUCCUCCCAUGGCUGUACAACGUUGAGCUGGUCGGAGAGUCGAGCCGCGAUGGCACAGCCCUAGGCAAGCAUGAGAGAGACACUGACCCAGAGGACCAGGAUCACGGUAGCCCAUUCAAGACCUGCGGCUGGGGAUCCAAAAAGGCAUCUGAUAUCGUGCUGAAUAACCUCUUCUUUAUUACAUCCGAGAAUGGCGACGACCACUCCCAAGAACUGGAGCAACUCUGGGCAGCCCUGUGCACCUGCUGGUCUGGUAACCUGCGUCUCAUCCUGAAUUACCUGAUGACAUUAGCUGGUAUCAUGACCAACCCGGACCUGCUACCCUAUGUCAAGCAUGUGAUGACCUGCAUUGCCCAAGCCAAGCCCCAGAAACUGAUGGACGAACUCAUGAAGGAAAUGUUCUCCAUUGAGCUGGUCAACUCCAGCGUGGAACGGAUCGAGGAGGCUCCAUACUUCCAGCUCUUCAACCAGAACAAAUUCACCACGGCCUCCCCCGAAAUGGGGAGUACAUCGUCCCUGCCUGACAAGGUGCAGAAGGUGGAAGCGAGCCGUACCACUUCGGAUAAAGGGGUGUUUCACAGGAGGAGCAGCAGCGGAGGGACGUUGGAGAAAGCAUCCACUCCACAAAGUGGGAAGUCAUUGGCUUCUCAGACAUCCUCACAAGAAAUCUGGAAAGAAAGAGAUAAAUCAGACAGCUCCAUGCAUCACAGUAACAGCAGUCUGGCUACACUGACCAGCACAUCCACACAUAGCAGUGACCAAUCAAUGGCUGGGGUGGUAGAUAAAGCAAGAUUGUCUCAAGCCAUCAAAGAAGAAGAAGAAGAAGAUGAUGAGACAUCAACCAACCCAACCAAGACCGGUGAGACCCUACAGGAUCAGUUCACACAUUGGAGGAAUCAGUUCCUUGGUGUGGGCAUGGUGCUACCGCUGCCUGUACCUGAUGAGGUCUACUGCGCACCUCUCUCGGAGUAUAUUGAUGAUAUUGAGGCACCACCUUCAGGUUCGCUUUUCAGGUGCAAUCUUGCCACUGUGCUGAUGACAGACCUGGUCUCGGAGAACCUGGACAUUGAUUGGUCCAUCCACCUGCCUCAGAUCCUACAUGUUCUGUUUCUUGGUUUGGACCAUUCCUGGCCCACUGUGCAUGAGCACUGCAAGUGUCUCUUAUUGAAGCUCUUGAUAGCUCUAUCCCCUCACAAUGACUACGUCUAUGUAGCACAGAUGUUGCUAUCUCACCAAGUCAUCAGUGAUCUGCAUGCGCUGACUGAGGCUCACGUACCACUCAAGGAAUACAACUUCACAGGAGGCAUUGUUUCCAACACCAGCACCCACCCAGCUGACAACAUCCCCUCGGACCUCCAAGAACUGAUCGGCCUAGGCUCCACAACCACCAUCAGCGCAGGGUCCACCAUCUCCGUGUCCAGCGCGGGCAGCGCGGCCACGGUCAUUCCCUGUGGGGUCAGUGGUGCCGUCCAGAUCAAUGUUGACCAUCUCAGGGGGGAUGAUGAGACCGCCAAAGCAUUGAUGGAAUUCCUGGUGACACGGAAAUGUCGCCCUCUAUGGAGCUGCGAGGAGAUCACCCCCAAGGUCUUCUCCAUCAAGAGCGCGGAGCAGAUUGAGAUUUUCCUGAGACACGUGGUCCGUGUCUUCCAGGGUAGCGUGAGAGGAGCUCACCUGGAGCAACGUUGGGCCCAGCUAGCUCUAUCCAUGGCCCUGUCAUGUCCAUCUAGGCAUUAUGCUGGACGCUCCUUCCAGAUAUUCCGUGCUCUCAACAUCCCUCUGUCAUCUCGGAUGCUGUCCGAGAUUCUGUCCCGAUUGGUUGAGACGGUAGCAGAACAAGGAGAGGAAACACAGGGUUAUGUGACUGAGAUUCUUCUGACCCUAGAGGCAUCCAUCGACGUCCUCUCAGCCGAUCUGGUCUUCACAGAUCACCGCGAGCGCGGCAAGACGGGCUCCUCACGCAAGAACGACUUCCGCAAAUCCACCAGUAACUUGUACAACCUGCCCGGUGGGGCGUGUGGGUUUGAUAACGUCAAGCGUCACUCUAUAUCAUCAGCCAAGAUGAUGGAGAAUGCAGCUAAUGCUGCUAGUAACGGCUCCACAGAGAUGAGAGGUUACUCGGAGCACAGAGCUCGCAGCAACACAGCCAGUGAGAUAGACAAGCCACGCUUCCACCGCUCACGUAGCACUCAAUCACUCAAGAUGGGAGAGAGUAGCAUCGAGGAUCGACUCAAUCUACUGACUCAGAUCUUCUGGAUCUUUGUCUCCUUGCUGGAGUCUGACUACGAGUAUGAGUUCCUGAUGUCACUACGAUCGCUGGAUAAGUUGAUGAAGCACCUACCUCUAGACCGUCCUGAAAUCAAGAACAAGCUGGAGCAUGUGUUGUCUCAACUGCAAUGGGAGGGCUUCCCUGGACUGCAGGCUCUGCUGCUCAAGGGCUUCACGUCCAUCGUGACUAGCGACAUGACUCUCCUGCUGGUCUCCAGACUGAUUGGCCACACCCACCUGCGUGUCGUGGACCCCACCCAGGCUGGGGGAUUCCCCAUGAACAUCGUGGCGCUCCUGCCGUAUCUGAUCCAGCAUUUUGAUCGUCCAGAUACCUUAGCCAACGAGAUUGCAUACAACAUUGGUAGAGUGUGCCAGGAACGGUACACCCGGAUGGCGCCGCUCUCCACGGUUCUGACCAUGUACAGAGACAGAACCUACAACAGAGACAGUAAGGCUUGGACCAGCGUGGUCUGCCGCUACAUCCACAAUGCUUACUCCCAAUUCAGCAUAGCCAUGAUGACAUUCCUUAUAGAGGUUUUGGAGAAAGGUCCCAUGUGCAAUCAGGCACCUGUCCUGCAGAUUGUGUACAAUCUGAUCCACAAUAUUGACCUGAUGGCGGCCCCCAUGCAACAGGUCAAUGAUAACCUGCUCAGAGUCAUUGCUAAAUAUGUGCAGGGAGUUCACUGGCAGGAAUCUCUGAACAUCUUGAAGGUAGCCGUCUCCAAAUCCUCCUCCCUGGUCAAGCCUCCAGCCAUCCCUGAGGAGGGCAUGGGCAAGAGGUCAUCAUCCCUUGACCUGGAUGGAAGGAAGGAACUACCGGGACGCACUAUGGAGUUCACCUUUGACCUUUCCAAGGUGGUCGACCCUGAUGUGUCUAACACGCCAGUAAUUCGUCGCAAGUUUCCCUCCAUGCUUACCAUAACCACAUCCUUCAGUGAUGAGUCAGCUGCCAGCACACAGAGCAGUGAUGACAGUAGUAUGAGCACCGAACCAACCGAGGUCUCCCACUUAACAGGUGGCGCAUCCAACGGCAAUUCAGCCUCAGCCAAUCAGAGCAUAGUCCCAUCAGCCUGGCGUAAACCCCAGCUGUCCAUGCGUCGGACCAGAGAGAGACUGGUCAACGUACUCAACGCGCUGGGCCAGAAGGUUGGGCUACCCAGAAGCCCAUCGGUGAUAUUCAGUUCCACCAGUGACAUCACCCAGGAGCGACAGAACAGUCUCUGCUCCUCCUCAGAAUCCACCUCCCUGGUGGACGCCAUGAACUCUGACAGCAAGCAGGAGGAAGGAGGCGACAUCCCGCUGCUUAAAGUCUUUGAUUUCUUGGAAGGGGAGGAAGGGGAACAAGGGGAUGAGAAGGGUUUCAAGUUCAACUGGUACCACAGCCGCAUGUCCUUGGAGGAGAUGGACCCUACCAACAACCCUAACCCUGACAGUGAGGACAUCAAAGAUGAGUCCUCAGAUGAUGAGAACUCGGAUCUGCCUGGUGCCGAAGAGAAUUCAGCCAGUCUGGAUGCGGCCUCCAGCAUGCGCAAUCUGUACUCGGCAGACGCGGGACCAGCCUUGGAUCCAAUGGACAACAGAAGCAGUCCGACACCAUCCAAUGCAAGUAGCACCAGCGAUCUCGACAGCAUCGCCAAUUCCCCCGUUGCCCUGACAACCACCCACUCCUCCUCCUUCCUGUACAUCCCCGUGGACGAAGUGGAAGAGGCCUGGCGGGCCCACGUCGACAACGUCAUGCGGGACCUGAGCGGCCGCUGCGCCGUCAACACGUUCCAUGUCUUCACGCAGCUCUACAAGGUCAUGCAGCAACGUUUCUGUAACCUCACCAGGGAGGCUUGCAACUAUCUCGGGGACAAACUCAGAGAUAUUGCUCUUCAAUUCCUCAGUACCCUAGAUCUCCUGACUACCCACGCCGAGUGCCCCUAUGUCUACAUUGACACUGAGACGCUGGUGGCUUGCCGACUGCUAGAGAGACACAAGUACUGUGUGAUUGAGCUGCAUGAACACUAUGACACUUACAUCUCCAAGAGAGAUCUGACGGUUGAGUGUUUGGAUUCCAUCAAGGCAUCACUAAAAAUGCAGAGUCUAGGAGCUCAGGAUAUGUCUGGACCAACAGGGGAUGAACAGGAAAUGACUCAUAUUAACACCCAAAUUGAGCUGUGUCGUCGACUGUACCGUCUGUACUUCCAGUUACGCAUGUUGUUUGACAGCUAUUGCAAGCUGAUACAGACUCUGAAUGCUGCUCGUCAGGCGCUAAAGGUGACUGAUUAUUCCCAAGACGUCUCAGCAGCCAAGGAGGAGCUGAUCCAGGCCUCUGAGGAGCUCGAGAGUGGCCAGGCUUCCUUGUCUCCUGAGGUAGAUACCUCUAGGAUGUCACCAGAGACGGCGCUGAGAACUCUGGCUGAACAUCUUGGGAAUAGACAGCUACGUCUUGCUCUUAGACUGCUGCACGUCUACAGGUCCAUGUGGUCAGGUGACCUGUUUGGAUCCAGUGAGGAAGACGACUUGGAUGUUCUUUUGGCGCUGUUUUGCAAGCACCUGUCUGAGGGCAAAACAGGAGUAUUGGUUGUGACUCGAUCGAGCACCGACCUGGAAGACGCUUCCCAGAGGCUGAUGGACACCAACAUGCAGCUCAUGGCUUCCCUGAGGAAAGCAGAAACCAUGGAGACCAAAGAAGUGGUGACCUCUCCGAUCUUUGAGAUCAAGAAGGUAGUCAUCGCUGAGGUACCAGACCCAAAGCCUGUCCAAGAGGAGGAAAAGGGCUCCAACGAGGUUCCCGAGAUCAAGAAAGAGGAGGAUGAUGCCGAUGAGAAGGCUGUCCAACCAGAUCUGGGUGCCACUGCCGCUGCCGCUGAGAUCAGCCAAGACACCACCUUCUUGGACAAUUUGAAAGAGACUCUCAUAGAAGGUCCUGGGGGCGACGUGGAUGACUCGGCAAGGUCCAGCUUGGACGGAGGACAGCCAGAAAUGGUUGAAAAACCUGCUGUGCUUGAUUCUGAGGACACCGUGAGAAUGAGAGACUUACCUUAUCAGGGGAGAAAGACUUCAGCAGGAAGUCUUAGAAUCAGGUCCACUGAUGACCCGCUCAUACUGGAUGACAUUGGUGCAACAGCAAUGACCAGGUCGCGAUCGGCAGAGCAGAUCCGAGAGCGGUCCCCCAGCUCUAGGUCAGACUCCCAGUCCAGGCAUUCCCAGGAGUUAGAGAGGCCAUCCUCUGGAGAGAUGGAGGGGGAAGUCAGGCCAGAAUCAGCUCCUGAGGAAACUCAGGAGAAGGGUAACCCAGCUGGAGGUCAGAAAUCAAGACCGGUGUCUCAAACCUCACAAGAAAGCAUCAGCACAGACCUGUGAGACUAUUUUAGGAGUUGUGACUUUUACAAAAGAAUGUUGAAAAGACAUAAUCUUGAUGGUUGAGGUCUGAGCUUGCCAGUAUAUCUUUCAGACUUUACCUGUGUUCAGGUUUUCUUGUCUUAAGUAUCGCUACAAGUACAAAUGUUUAUGUAUAUCAGGCAUGAAUUCAAAGUAAUAGCUUUUUAUAAACAUAAUUCAUGUACAUCUACGUUUAUAUAAGUGAUGUUUUCAUUGGCUGAGGAGCAGAGAGUUUCAGGCACAUGAUACAUAUGAUUGCAUUACAAUAGACAUUUGCUAGGAGACAUGUAUUGAUUAACAGUGAAACACAGACAGUGCAGGACUGAAGUUGCGUGAACUCCGCAUUAAAGUUGCAAAAUGUGAUUAUGAAGCCCAAAAGAAUCACACCAACAUCUGGUCAUAUUCUCCUCUCUAGCUGACGAAUACAAGCUACAUGAUAGGUGAUGAAGAACACAAUUCAGACCUGAUGUAUUUAAAGGAACAAAAAAGCUCGUCCCAUGUUGCGUAGAGUUAACCUGGUCACUGUAAUAAUUGUACUUAGUCCUAAUUAUAACUACUAGGAACAGCCAGCACAUUGUUUUGCAUUGUGUUUGUUAUUUAUAUCAAAUUUCUGGUAAAGUGUUGUAUGGCCAGCCAUAGUGUAUUUUCAGCAAGUAUUUAAGAUUCAGAAUUUAUAUCUGUAGAUAAUGUGUGUAAUACUUGUCUUGCAUAUCUCAUUGUUUUGUAUUUUGUUUGCUUAGAAAGAGAACAAAGGGUAAACUGCGGAACAAAAUCACUUGUCUAAAGAAAGAUGAUGAUUUGAAUAUGAAACCAUACUAACUGGUACAUGCUUCUACAGUUGUGAAGUAAAUAUUGCAAUAUUUUGUGUGCAGUUUUUUCCGCAAAUGUGGCAUUAUGUAUAAUGAGUCAUGUGUAACUUUUUCUGAUUCAGUGCUCUUGAAUGUGAUAGAUAGA